CUGGACAGCACCAGCUGUAAAGCGACACACAUCGUCGCACGUCUGGCGACCGGCCCCAGUCUCGCCGGUCUUCUCCCCUGAGCACGCACCUGCCCCCCGAGUCGGACGAGGAGCGCGUCAUGACAUGAACGGGCACUACGGAUCACCUUCACUGUCCGACGCUCCGCCGGGGCAGCGCGGCAGCGCGCCUCCGCGGGCGCAGAUUGACGCAAAGAAGAAGCUAGUGUGCGUCGGUGACGGAGGCUGCGGCAAGACAUGCCUGCUGAUCACCUACUCGGAAAACCGCUUUCCCGAGGCGUACAUCCCGACCGUGUUCGAGAACUACGUCCCGAUCGUGCAGUUUGAGGGAAAGACGAUCGAGCUCGCUCUGUGGGAUACUGCUGGACAAGAGGAGUACGACCGAUUACGACCGCUCAGCUAUCCAGAGAGCGAUGUGAUCCUCAUCUGCUUUGCUGUCGACUUUCCGGUCAGCCUCGCAAACGUGCAAGACAAGUGGUUCCCCGAGAUCAAUCAUUUCUGCGAAGGAGUCCCCAUUCUCUUGGUCGGGCUCAAGACCGAUCUGCGGUCGGAUGCGCACGCGCUCUCGAUGCUCUCAGCGCAAGGAACGCGUCCAAUAUCGUACGAGCAGGGCACCAAGGUCGCCAAAGAGAUUGGCGCGGCCAGGUAUGUCGAAUGCAGCUCCAAGACGCGGAGGGGCGUGCAAGAGGUGUUCGACGCUGCACUGAGGGAGGCGUGUCGAAAAAAGCAUCAUCUCCUUGGCACCGCUUGAUGCUCAACCAGAUCGACGCUUUUACCAGCGGCCGCUCGCGCACGCCAUUCCAGCAUGGUUUCAUUGCACCUUGCAAACCACCUCAACUCAAUGUAGGCAUCGGACGUUUGAUUGUAGCAUUUUCCUUCGACCUUGUACCAGCAAAGCUCACAACAGGCACGUGCGCUGCACGUACAUCGCAUGGAAC